AUGUCCCGUUUGGAAUUUGUGCAGCUCUACAAUUCAAGACCACAAAUUAUUCGUCUCCCCCCUGCUGCCCAGAAGCUCCCGCGGAAUCCACAACUUGCCACCACCGCCACUCACUGCGCCUCGACGUCGAAGCCAAAUCUGCAAGUCGCGCUGCUUAUCAAUGAUAUUCGGCACGCUUCAAAGAAUCCUGCGCUGGCUCAGCUGCGCGAGGAUAUUACUGGGGUCUAUCCAUAUACUGUCACCGAGCUUGAAGUCAUUGUCUUAUCCCCGCACUUUCUUCCGGGCGGAAAGAGCCUCUCUGUCCUGCCAAAUGAAUGGCGACGCCUUCACAGUGACAAUGGCGACCCUGUAAAAGACCAUACCCUUUGGAAAAACUAUCAUCGUGGUUCUGGCUGGCACGUCGUGGAUGAAGAAGGCCAGCCCAUCAGGAUUGCUGUUUGCCAUGGUCGUGAUGCCCAGGAAAGCCUAUCCCUUUUUGCAUUGCUUGUCAACACCUACCACAAAUUACUCGACUACAGCAAGCGUCCAAUCCCAGACGCUUUCCUCCGCGCUAGGGUACACGGGCCCUCAGCCGUCGUCUUCGGUCAGCCCCUGGUUCAUGAUUGGCAUCUGCCGACGCCAUCUGGGUCUCAUUCGCGUGUGGUGAUCGAUGAAGAAGGCCUAGACUGUGACGGCGAUGAUUACAGCAGCUCUGACAGCUCUGAAAAGUCUGACGAGGAUGACGAACUCAUCAACGGUCUCACAACCACCAAGAUGCGUACCGUCAUUCAACAGACCGGCGACGGGAGCCUUUCUGGAUCCGAACGCGUCAAUGCGGCGAUGCUCAUGUUCGGAAUGGCAGGACGUGAGGCUCUUUCCUGGUCAGCUAUAGCGACAAUCUAG